AUGGACCGGGAGGAGGGCCUUUACGGAGGCCGCGGCGACGGCGGCAGGCUCCUGGUGGUCCAAGACCUCCAUCAGCCGAUGGAGUGCUUCUCCGACGAGGUGAACAGCCGAAACUGCGGCGAGGAGGAGGAGGAGGAGGCGAACGACGGGCCCAGCGACGGGGCAGCAGGAGGAGUCGACGGGCCGGCGAGCGUCGAGGCCGGGGCGAAGCGGAGGCGGGGGCGGCCGCCGGGGUCCAAGAACAAGCCGAAGCCGCCGCCGGUGGUCACGCGGGACGUGGAGCCCGCGGUGGCCAUGCGCCCCCACGUGCUCGAGAUCCCCAGCGGCGGCGACGUCGCGCGCGCGCUCGCGGGCUUCGCGCGCCGCCGCGGCCUCGGGAUCUGCGUGCUCGCGGGCACGGGCGCCGUCGCCGACGUCUCGCUCCGCCACCAGGCGGCGUCGUCCGCAGACGGAGGAGCUGCCGCGGUCGUCGUCUUCCGCGGCCGGUACGAGAUCCUCUCCAUCUCGGCCACCUUCCUGGCGCCGUCCAUGUCCGCGGCGGUGCCCCGCGCCGCCGCCGCCGUCUGCAGGGACCUCUCGAUAUCGCUCGCCGGCCCGCACGGCCAGAUCGUCGGGGGCGCUGUGGUGGGCCCUCUCGUCGCCGCCACCACCGUCGUUGUUCUGGCUGCCGCUUUCACCGACCUUACCUUCCACCGCCUCCCCGUCGAGGAGGACGCGUCAGCAGCGUCCGUCUCCGGCAGUGGCGCCGAAACCGACGAACACCGUCACCGUGGGCACGGGCAUCAGCAGCCACAGGAGCAUCACGACGCGAGCGGGUUGCACCCGCAGACCAUGUUGGCUCCGGCGGCGACUCAGCCGGUGCCCUUGUACGCGCGCCAGUCCCAAGAGUUGUGGCCGCCGGCGGCAAGUGCAGAGCGCCCACGCCCGCCGUAUCAAUAG